GCGCAGACGGAGACAUCCUGGAUGCGGCCUUUCAAGCAUACGGGUCCUGGAGCCGGCCCCGCUUUUGUUUAUCUCAGGGCGAAGGCGGGGUUAGCGCUGGCGACGCCCGCAGUCAGCUGAGUGCGCGCCGGCUACCUUUUCCAAGGCGCUUGAGGGGCGGUUUUACAGAGGAUUGAAAUAUGUCUGGGUUCCUUGAAAAUGUCAGAUGUUCCGAGUGUGUUGACUGGGGAGAAAAACGAAAUACAAUAGCUUCUAUUGCAGCUGGUGUGCUGUUUUUUACAGGGUGGUGGAUUAUAAUAGAUGCAGCUGUCAAAUAUCCAGGUUCAGCAGAGUUCAACCAUUCAUACCAUGCUUGUGGAGUUAUAGCUACAGUUGCAUUCCUAAUGAUCAAUGCCGUCUCCAAUGGUCAGGUGCGUGGGGACAGUUACAGUGAAGGGUGUCUUGGGCAAACAGGUGCUCGUAUCUGGCUGUUUAUCGGUUUUAUGUUGGCAUUUGGAUCUCUGAUUGCAUCAAUGUGGAUUCUCUUUGGAGGAUAUGUUAUUAAUGACAAACAAGACAAAUCACCUGUUUAUCCAGGAAUAGCAGUCUUCUUUCAAAAUGCUUUUAUUUUCUUUGGCGGUCUGGUGUUUAAAUUUGGUCGCACUGAGGAUUUGUGGCAAUAAGUGACACGGAGCAUCUCACCUACUAUUUUUAACUCCCUUUUUGUAUUAUUAGUGCUCUGCUAUCAGCAAAAAAGAAAAC